AUGACACACCACGACAACCACACCACAACUACGACGCUCCACGACACUUCGGCACCCUGCCACGUCACGCAACGCCCACGAAAAACGCACGCCAUGGCCCCAGAGCCACGAACGACCUCACGUGGGAGCCAGGCCACACGUAGGACAACGGACGACGAUGACGAUGAUGACGACAAUCAUAUCGUCGUCGUCAUUGUAUAUCAAACACGAACGACACGGAUGGCCAGCAAACGACGGAUGGACUACGACGAAGACACGCCGAGUGCCGACCACCAUGAGACCUGCCAAGCGCCGACCACCGUUAAGAAACGAAGAUGAGCGCCCAUCAACACCACCUACAAACGGCGGCGAUGGCUCAGCCAUUGCCCAUGAUUCCUCACUGCCUUCCCCCCCAUUCCCUUAUGGCCCUUCACUCCCUCCCCAAUUCCUCCCUCUCCCAUUCCCUCACUCCCCCCAUUCACCUCACUCCCCCCAUUCACCUCACUCCCCCCCCAUUCCCUCACU